CGAUGAUUAUUUCAAAGAUAAUUAUAAUAUUUCGCCUAUUUCAUUAACCGAGGCAGAUGCUGUGAUUUCGGAUUAACAUCAUAUUUCGGAUGCUUAUCAAUUUAGUCAUAUGAUACAGUCAAAAAUGUUUCAUUUUAUCACCUAUUCGUGUUACGGCUAUGAAUAUUUUCUGUUCCUGGGACUUAGUUAACAUGGACCAAGCUCAAUUGGAUGAUAUUGGCGACACUCUUGGAGUGUCAUACAAAGUGAUAGAUAACUUGACAGAUGGUAAAAAGACAUACAGCGCACAUGUUGUUCUUACUAAUAACAGCAGCAAGCAAACCAUCAAGUAUGGUGACUGGGCCAUAUACUUAUGCCACUUGCGUAUGAUCGAGCCUGCUCACCUUCCUCACUCAACAAACCAUGAUAUCCCUGAGGCUGGCAUGCGGUUUACCCAUGUCAAUGGAUGUUUGUUCAAGCUAUCUCCAACCAAAAAUUUUAAAGCUCUGAAGAAGGGUGACAAAGUUAAAAUUCCAUUUAAGGCACAAUCCUUCUCUGUUGCAAAAAGUGACUUGAUGCCUAAUUGGUAUCUGAUAGUGCCCAAACUUCGACCAGUGUUGAUAAAGAGCACAACUGGAGAAGAUAUGAGCUUUGUUGAACCAUUUGACACAGAAGAAGCUUGGAAAAGAUUUGACUACGGGCUGAAAGAUGGUUCAACCAGGUAUGAUCACUACAACCCAUAUAACCUUCAAGAGAGGUUCGACAGACACAAGUGUCCUGAAUCCGGUCCCCUGGGUACAACUGUCAUUCCCACCCCUCUAAAGAUGGUGACCUGUGAGGGUGACAGUGUCCAUAUUACUGCCAAUCAGUGGGUUAUAUACGCUGAUGACCAGCUUGAAAAUGAAAGGAGAUAUCUUUCUAAUAUUCUUGGAUUGUCGUGUGACAACAGUAAACAAGCUCAACACAAAAUACACCUACAACUGUCUUCCAGUCUCCAAAUCUUGGAUCAACCUGCCUGUGAUGAAUCCUACACAUUGUCAGUAAAAUCAGACUCAGACAUAACAAUAACUGCCAAAGCCCCAGUGGGAAUAUUCUACGGGGUCCAAUCACUCAUUGGCAUUAUUUCCAAAGACAGCACUGUCCCUCAGUGUGAGAUAUCAGACAAGCCAAGGUAUGGUUACCGAGGCAUGCACCUGGAUGUGUCUCGUAAUUUCCACCCCAAAGCCCAGGUGUUGAAGCUACUGGAUGUGAUGGCGACAUACAAGCUGAAUAAGUUCCACUUUCAUUUGACAGAUGAUGAGGGAUGGAGACUGGAGAUUCCAGGCCUUGAGGAGCUAAUUGAGGUAGGUGCCAAAAGAGGUCAUGUGAACAGAUCUGAUUUGACUUCCCUCCUACCUCUGCUUGGCUCUGGCCCUUGGUUUGACAGCUCUGGGACAGGCUUCUACUCUGUAAGUGACUACAGGGAGAUACUACAAUACGCUCAACAGCGCCACAUUGAGGUAAUUCCGGAAAUAGAUAUGCCUGGUCACAGCCAUGCAGCCAUCCGUUCCAUGAAAGCCAGACAUAAAAAGUUCAUGGACUUGAAAGAUAAGAAAAAAGCUGAGGAAUACUUGCUCACUGAUCUGGACCAGGACUGUAAACAUGGCUCACACUCUGUGCAAAUGUUCUCUGAGAAUGCAAUGAAUCCUGGCUUGGAAUCUACCUACAAAUUUGCUAAGAAGAUUGUGACAGAGGUACAAAAAAUGCACGAAGGUAUCCAGCCACUGAAAAUGUUCCAUUUUGGAGGGGACGAGGUCCCGUAUGAGGCCUGGGAGGGCUCCCCGGCUUGCCUGAGACUGAUUGAAUCGGAGGAGGUAAAAGCCAUGGAGAACCUCAUGGAGUAUUUUGUGACGCGGACUGCUGAUGUGAUUGCCAAAUGUGGUCUGGACGUGGGAGCGUGGCAGGACGGAAUCAUUCCUGAUGAGUCAGAUCUUCUUCCAAUAAAGAGGAACAAGUUUAAGAGCCAUGAGGUGUAUGUAUAUGCCUGGCAGAAUGUCUGGGAGUCUGGUCUGGCCGGCUGUGCCUACAGACUCGCAAACAACAAUUACAAGGUUGUGAUGUCACAAGGGACCCACUUGUACUUUGACCACCCAUACGAGCCCGACCCUGAAGAGCGGGGCCUGUACUGGGCAUGUCGGUUCCUCGACUCGCGUAAAUGUUUCACAUUCAUGCCUGACAAUCUUUACGCCAACUGUGAUGUCCGCCUCACCGGUGAACCGCUUGCCAAGGACUACAUCAAACGGCACAAAGAUGACCAUGAUGACCUUAAAAGGCCAGAAAACAUUGUUGGCAUGCAGGGCCAGUUGUGGACAGAGCUGGUUCGGACCUGGGACCAGAUGGACUCCAUGAUCUUCCCACGACUGCUGUGUGUGGCUGAGAGGGCGUGGCAUAGGGCUGAUUGGGAGGCUGAACAGGACCAGGAUAAGCGAGAGGAUGGCCAGGCACGAGACUGGGGAAGGUUUGCCAAUAUCCUGGGCAGCAAAGAGCUGGAAAGGCUAGACCGUAUGGGUGUGGCCUACCAUCUACCUCCACCAGGCGCUCACUGCAGUUUGGAGGAAUGCAAGAUUGAACUAAAUGCAGCCUACCCGGGUUUGCCGAUCUUCUACAGCCUGGACGAGGGCACCACCUGGACACGCUACACGGAGAAGAUCGACACAGUUCAGGACAAGGAUAUCUACCUCAUAACCAAGUCUGUUGAUGAGAAGCGCUGUAGCAGAAGGGUGAUCAUGAAAAAACCUAAGGUCUGACAGUCUACACUCCUGAACUAGGGAGGAAAUAGUGGCUUUGAUGAUGUGGAUUUAUGAAGAUGUUAGUUAAAAGUGCUUUUAAUCAAAAUUUGGAUUAAUUGUCAAGCUGGACAACAGAUAUUAUAUGCGGAACAAACACAUGAUGACCUUUUUUCAAUAUACAAAUGUACUGCACAUUUAUGUUACAAAAUUCACCUAAGUAAAAGAAUUAAAGUGUUGAACUGUUGGCUACCUAGAUUUUCAGAUGUAACCCUAAUAAAUUGUUUUGAUAAAUUUUCAAUUCAGAACAUGUUCUGCAAUGAACAAAUAUCCGAAAGUUAAACAAAUCUAAUAUUGAAGUAAAUUGUUUUAGUAAUGAAACUUCACAUGCACUUAACCACUAAGAAAUGAGAAAUCUUGAUUAGAAAAUUUAUUGAGUAUGACCCCUUGUCUAUUUUUUUUGUAUUUUCCUGUUGUUAAGUGUGCGCAGUCUGUUCUGGUGGCAGAAUGGGUAUUGUUACAGAAUAUUUAAUGGACUGCUGGUCAUUAUCUCAGAUCAAUAGUAAACAUGGACCAAAAAAAAGUCAUACCCCCAGUAAGUCUGAGGCAAGUUAUAUGGCUGAUAUUGCUGAUUCACUUAAUUGUAAAUUAAUCGUACAUGUAGAUGUAAUUAAUUCUUUAGCUUGUAUUUAAAGUUGCACUCUCACAGAUUGAACGUUUUGACAACUUUUUUAUUUUUUGUCUUUUUGCGAAAAUCCAUGGAAAGCAGUUAAAUAAGAUUGCUGACAAAAAAUUAGAUCACAGAUUUUUAUAUUUAAGUUAAAAAAUGGAUGUUUUAUGCAUUUUUCUUAAACUGUUAGUAACGGUUUAGGCCAUAAAACAUUAAUGUUCAAGGGAAAUAUGAAGAUCUACGAUCUGAUUCUUUUUCAGCAAUCUUAUAUCAUUGGUUUGCAGAUAUUUACGCAAAAAUUUGCCCUUUCCAUGACAAAAAAUAAAAAAGUUGUAAAAAUGGUAAAUCUGUGAGAGUGAAGCUUUAAUAUCUACAACGUAUAUUUAUGGAUAUAUUUUUAUUUUCAUUUGGCAUGUAAACAACUCUUCAUAUAUUUGUUCUAUUGGUUAAUGAUACUAAUGACAUGUAUUCCGCAUAUCAACAUGUUACCCAUGGGCAUAGUUAACGUUAGAUCAAUGAUAUUUUUAUUUAAAGCACUCUUCAUGAUUAAGACUGAAGUUUUCGAGUAAAUUAUGUGCUCUUUUCUAUAUACCCAUCUAACAGCUGAGCAAUUUGUUUAAGAAUCUGUUAAAUUAAAUCAUGAAUACCUUUGGAUAGACUAUCUUAUGAUAGACUGUCUUCGGGCUAUUCCAAUUAAACAUAUAACCUCCGGGGGGAAGGCACCUUUGAAUUAUACCAUCCCCCUACAGAAGCAAAAUUACCAUUUUGGGGUCCAAAUUAGUGAAAAAAAGACACCCACCCAUAUACCGGUACUUACAAAAUAAUUGCAUUCCCCCUGUGGGUUAUAUGUUCUACUGGAUUAGCCCUUAGGGGGUUUGAUAAGAUGUUUUGGGUAUUUGCAAGUACCUAUAAUUACCAGUGCUUUAAAUAUCAAUUUCACAAACAGAUACAUGUUAAUUGAAUUUAUUCUCUAGCAUUAGUUUGAAUUUUUGAAAUGGAAACGGCCCAAAAUGUUUAAAUAAUGUUGAAUGGUAUUCUGAUCUGUCACUUGUUAUUGUAUAGUGCACAUAAUAUUUAUGAAUGAACUUUUUACUUAAAUCAUUAGUUUUGACGCAAUCUGUAAAAAACAGACCAUGGGUGAACAUGUUUUAAUGAGAAAUCACGUUCUCCCAACAGGCUGAUUUUUGAAGUAUGACAUUGGUUUUAUUUUUAUUACAAUUUGGUUAAAAAUGCUUAAAAAAUCUAUGUGUUGAAAAGAAAAGUGAUUUUUCAUGGAAGUAAUAAUAUAAUAGAUUGAUUCAUAGUUAAUUAUUUAGAUGAAUCUUUGCUAAGCUUUGGUUUCAAUUUUAAAUAUGAUGCAAUAAGUUAAAUGCAUACAAUGAAGAAAUGCAUACAAUGUUCAAAGCAUUUAUAUACACUAUGAAUGUAGAAUGUAUUAAACCAGAAUUCUUCUUUAGCAACUCAACAUGGAUGAUAUAACAUCCAAUAGUUGUUAGUCUAGUAAAUAAACAAUAUUGAAUAUGUGAGAACAUAAAUUUAUCAUAAACUCCUGUACUAGUAUUGUACUUAUUUAUUAUUUUAACAUAACAGGCUCUCUCAUUUGAUUUGCAAAGUUGAUCUAUUGUGCUGAACUGUAUGGAAUCUUGUUAAGAUUAAAGUUUAGAGGAUA